GAUGUCAUAGAGUGUAGCGGAAGUAAAGCAGGCAAUGUUAACGGUGUCCUGUAAUUAAACGAUUGCUAGUUUUUCUUUGUAAACGAGCUACUAAUUAAAUUUAUUAACCUCGUUCAGGAGGGUUAUUUGUGUUUACUACCUAUAACUGCUGUAGUUCUAUGUUAUAUAUUCACAGUUUUACUUCACGAACUGAUCUGACGCAGCUUAGCUUACUAAUUUAGUGCUAAUGUUCAUUUCACUUUCACUCUGCCAUAUAUGCGGCGGGCAGGUAGCAGUCAAAGAUUCAUCAGUAUUUCUGUAAUUUUCGUUGCUUAAAAUAAAAUACUGGGAGAGAAAAUAACCGCUUUCUUGGACCAACAUGCCUGAGGACUUCUCAUAGUCACUUCUUGCUUGACAACCCCCGCAGCCAAUGAGAUUCCAGUGCCGUCAGGCGCACAGUGAAAAUGCGGAAGUGAAAUAGGAGCUAGAGUGGAGGUGUAACCCCCUGCGCAAGAAGCAUGCGGUGAAGACUUGAGGCAACUUUAAAUACACGACGAGCAUGGCCGAUCGGAGGAGGGUUAGGAGAUAGUCGUGGUGGCAGAUUAACUCUCAGAUUACAUCUUUUCUUUCUUUCUUUUUGGACCAGAUCGCGUGUGUCGGAGUGCAGUGACUUGUGUGACAUUGACAUUGGACUUGUGCUUCCUGCUGAAUCCUACAGGAUUGAUCUUGGAGUUGACUUCCUGCCCCGAUUAUCAGCAGAUGGUGUUUUGUAUACAUUUAUAAGUUGUUUUUAAUAUUUGAUCGCGGAUGUUACUGGGCUAACUGGGUGAACGGUCACUGCUGCCUCACUGGUUCACCUCUUUAAUGCCUCCGGGACUUUUUCUUAGUCGCAAGAUUGUUGUAAUAUUACAAGGGCAAUGUCUCUGGUUUUCCCGCGGCCCAACACCAGCGCAGUCGGCAAAAAGGACAAGCGACUCAUGGCCGAGGUGAACGCGUCCCCUCUCAAGCACUUCGUCACCGCCAAGAAGAAAAUCAACGGCAUCUUCGAGCAGCUCGGUGCCUACAUCAAAGAGAGCUCAGGCUUUCUGGAAGAGACCUACAGCAAUGAAGAGCUGGAUCCAGUCACUACAGAGGAGCAAGUGGCCGAGGCACGGGGUUACCUGUCCAAGGUGGCAGGGAUCGGCGAGGUGCUGUCCCGUAGACACAUGAAAGUCGUGUUUUUUGGCAGGACAAGCAACGGCAAAAGCUCAGUGAUCAACGCCAUGCUGUGGGACAAAGUUUUACCUUCGGGCAUUGGCCACACCACCAACUGCUUCUUGCGGGUAGAAGGGACUGACGGCAACGAUGCAUUCCUGCUUACAGAAGGAUCCGAGGAAAAGAAGAGUGUUAAAACAGUGAACCAGCUGGCCCAUGCCUUGCAUCAGGAUCAGGAUCUGGAUGCGGGAAGUCUGGUGUGUGUCAUGUGGCCCAAAGCUAAGUGCGCUUUACUGCGUGAUGACCUGGUACUGGUGGACAGCCCAGGAAUUGAUGUCACCACAGAGCUGGACAGCUGGAUUGACAAGUUUUGCCUGGAUGCUGAUGUUUUUGUGCUGGUUGCCAAUUCAGAGUCUACGCUGAUGCAAACAGAGAAAUCAUUUUUUCACAAGGUGAACGAGCGACUCUCAAGCCCUAAUAUCUUCAUCCUCAAUAACCGCUGGGACGCUUCAGCCAGCGAACCUGAGUACAUGGAGGAGGUCCGCCGGCAGCACAUGGAUCGCUGCACCAGUUUCCUGGUAGAUGAGCUCGGGGUGGUGGACCGAGCACAGGCCAGCGACCGAAUCUUCUUUGUGUCUGCUAAAGAGGUGCUGCAGGCACGUGUGCAGAGGGCCCAGGGCAUGCCUGAAGCAGGUGGUGCGCUGGCUGAAGGAUUUCAAGCUAGAAUGUUUGAAUUCCAGAAUUUCGAACGGCGUUUUGAAGAGUGCAUCUCCCAGUCAGCCGUGAAGACCAAGUUUGAGCAGCACACCGUGAGGGCCAAGCAGAUCUCAGAAGCACUACGUCUCAUCAUGGACUCGGUGCAUGUGGCAGCCCAAGAGCAGAGGAUCCACUGCCUGGAAACAAAAGAAGAACGUGAGGAGCGACUGGAUUUCAUCGAUAAACAGUUGGAUCUGCUCACCCAGGACUGCAAGAGCAAGAUUAAGAUGAUCACAGAAGAGGUCGAAAAACAGGUGUCGAAUGCAAUGGCCGAAGAGAUCAGGAGACUGAAUGUGCUGGUCGACGAUUUCCACAUGGACUUUCAUCCCUCGCAAGUGGUCCUGAAAGUCUACAAGAAUGAGCUUCACAAGCAUAUAGAAGAGGGUCUGGGGAGGAAUAUGUCUGAAAGGUGUUCCAAUGCUAUCGGUGCAUCCCUGCAAAGCACACAAACUGAAAUGAUCGAUGGUCUGAAGCCCUUGCUGCCCACCUCAGUGAGGGAACAAGUGGAUAAGAUCGGAGCCAGACAGUGUUUCAAUCUCUGCUAUGACCUCAACUGUGACAAGCUGUGCAGCGACUUCCAGGAGGACAUUGGCUUCCACUUCUCCUUGGGCUGGACCAUGCUGGUCAAUCGAUUUCUCGGCCCUAAGAACACCCGCCGUGCCCUCAUGGGCUACAACGACCAGAUUCCCAGACCUUUGGCCAUCACUCCUGUUGGUACUGCCAUGCCCCCCUUCCCACAGGGCUCCUUGACCCAGGAAGAGCUCAUGGUCUCUAUGGUGACGGGACUUGCUUCCCUCACUUCCCGAACGUCCAUGGGCAUUAUAGUUGUGGGAGGAGUGAUCUGGAAAGCUGUAGGUUGGAGGCUCAUUGCUCUGUCAGUGGGGCUCUAUGGCCUUCUUUACGUGUACGAGAGGCUCACAUGGACCACUAAGGCGAAAGAGCGAGCAUUCAAGAGGCAGUUCGUGGACUACGCUAGUGAAAAGCUGCAGCUCAUCGUCAGCUACACCGGCUCCAACUGCAGUCAUCAAGUCCAGCAGGAGCUGGCAGGCACCUUUAACCAGCUGUGCCAGCAGGUUGAUGUGACACGACAGCAGCUGGAAGAAGACAUUCAAGACAUGAACCGCAAAAUCGAACUCCUGGACACCUUGCAGAGCAAAGCCAAGCUGCUCAGGAACAAAGCUGGUUGGUUGGACAGCGAGCUGAACAUGUUCACCCAACAGUACCUUAAUCAGAGCCGAUAAAGGAAAACCAGUCUAAUUAUUCAACAACGUGACCAACGCCAACACUAUUCACUUUUGCUCCUGCGUCAGUCGUUACUCCCCGUCAGUCGAUUGUAUUCUGCUUCAUAAAGAGAUCGUAUAGCCAUGUUUUAACACAAGAACAGGAGGGAGUUGAUGCCAAAUCAGUCAGGAAGGACUGUGCUCUUGUUUUCUUUUGGCAUUUGAUGUGCACUGGGGUAGCGUAAUGGCACCUAAAAGAAAGGCAAUCUUUUUAUUUGUAUUUUUUUUUUCUCUUGGCAAAUAGAUUAUUGCUGUGACUGAAUGAAUUUAUUUAUUUCUUGCAUUGUGAAGUUAUCUAGGCGGUAGCCAUUGGGAUUUAAAGCAAUAGUCUAUUGUACACUAAAAUGGCAAAAAGAAAAGGAGAUUCAUCCUGAUUUCAUGUGAGCUCAUGUAAUUUAAUGAAAUGAAUACAGGAAGUUAUGUUUCACUGACCCGACCCAUUUAUGUCUAAUGAGUUUAGCAGGGAAAAUGUAUUUCAGGUGACUAAGGAUAUAUAACCAAAUAUAAAGCGCCUGUGCAGAUGUGCAAAAUAGGACGUGUCUGUCGGUUUACUUGGAAGUGUGGCGGCUUGGGGAAACUCUGUGGGGUGAAAAAUGUUUUGCUAACACCUGGAUCUAAACCAGACAAAGUUAUAGCAUUAAAACAUUAUCAGAAAGGGAAAAUGUUUAGAAAUUGGAUUGAACUGUCUGUCUGUAGUCGCACAUAGGUAUUGAUCAAAGUGUGCCGUUCACUACGAGUGGGAAUUACACCCACUCAAGAUUCUAAAACUCUUCAGAUUGACUGGCUUCCAACCCAGUGUGAUCCUUACAAAAAAAGAAACCAUAGCAAACACAUUUUGAGGUCAAAUCAGAUUUCUUUUGCUAUCCAGCAGCUUUUCUCUAAACCGCCACACGGAUGGACGAUUGCACAGGUUUUCCUGUGAAUUGAUGCGUCCUUUUACAUCUCUAUGUUAACCGCUCUGUACAGCGGUAUUCUUUGGUACCGGUUUCUGCUACUUUAAUGGUGCGGAAAGUGGGUCAGUGUUUGUCAAGUAGGUUUGUAUAAGCAGAAUAAUUCCAGUAUAUUUUCCUGUAGAUUGUGCAGGAUGCACGGUUUUGCUGCUGCAAACACAGUACAAAGCCUCUGCAUUCAACUGCAGCACUGUAGAUUUGCAAUGGUCACUGGCACAAUGCGUAGUAGUGGCACUAUUUAUUUCAUCCAAGCUGAAUGAAGUCUUCGGGUUUAUGCAGAAUGAAAAAAACUACGGACACGGAAUUAAAUAGCAAGAUGAUGCAUUUUGACUGAUACGGAAACAUGAAAUUCCUUCGAGGGGAAGGAUUCCUAUUAAUGUUUACACACUAUGUAUUUAAUAUUUGAACAGACAAGGAUUUGUGACAUUUCUUUGUGCCAAUAUUGUCUUACACUGAGAACGAUAUUAACACAUUGCUACAAACACAAGGCAUGUUUAAAGUAAAACAAAACAUUCAACUCCUAUACGUAACAAGUGCGAGUGAAAGAGAGACUCAUCACUGAUAGCUGUUCAGUUUGGAUUAUAAUUUGUGCCAAGUGUUUAAAAAAAAAAAAAAAAGAUCCGAAGAAUUCUUCAGGUUGUGCACUUUACUUUUGCUGCUUUAUUUUUAUUCAUAUUUUUUAUUUAGUUGUUAUUGUUUUCUUUUUUUGCUACGUGUUCAGCAAGUGCAGCGAAAUUGAUCUGUAGGUUCUAUGUCGGUAGUAAUGUAUAGCUGUGCAUGCUUUAUCUAUUGUAACAAGUCUUAUAGUCCACAUGUUAAAUGAAAUAAAAUUGAUGCCAUCCGA